GUAUCCAUCUUAAGCGCCGCGAGAGAGGAGUAUUUAGUAGCACUAUACUAACAAACUACCACAACCAUUGAGAUUGACAUUGAUUUGUAUUUCACGUUCACCAUAACUUGAGCGGCCCCGCAGUGCUUCGUGCUCAAUUGCAGCGUUUCUACUUAUUUAUUCUUGCGAUAAGUACGUAGAUCAAGAAAAGUAAAGCAUUAACCGUAACCAUGCUCGUAGAUCAAGGUGCGGACGGAACUCCUCGCGGAGAGCAGGAAGAAAAAGUCGCGACAAUCCGGGACUUCGGCGAAGACGAGCGGUGCCACCGACAGUUAGCCAGCGGGCGGUAUGUGACGCUGGUGCGUCACGGUGCAAACAGUGACUACUACUGCAUCGACAGCAAUUGCUACCACAUGGGGGGCCCACUCGGCGCGGGCGACAUUGAGGACGUACUAAUACCGGCUGGCGCGAGGAAGCAGAACAAAAACAAUAGAGGACCUAGAGUAGGAACUGGUCCAGCGUCCAGUAGCUCAGCAGACCCGGGCAGUGCCACUGGAUCGCUACUCGCUGCCGCAUCGAGUCUAUUUUACAGCGCAGCCAGUAAUUUAAGUCUGUUUGGUGGAGGAGCUGCGGGCAGUAGUAGUCCUCGGGACCAGGAGCAGAGCCAGGGGGCAACUGCGACACUGACGCCAUCGACGUCCACAGGUGGUGGUACUGAAAAUGGCACACCGAACAAUCCCGCGGCAAAAAAGCAGAAGACCGAGGCAGAAUCAGGAGAACAGCAAAAUCUCCCACCACUAACGAGCGCCGACGACCCAACGAGAGACCUUGCGAUUCUCUGUCCCUGGCACAUGCACCGCAUUUCCCUGACCACCGGCCGGAAGUACACAGAGAGCGUGAAGCCGCACGUAGAUCCGGUCACGGGUCAGUUUAGCAUGAAGAAAUCCGGGUUGCAGGAGUCGGCAACCGUUUUCCAGCAGGUGCACAGGGUCCGGGUGGAUCCGAAAACCGAAAACAUUUACGUUUCGGAGCAGGAUUUUCAGGAUGGCAUCGCGGAGAACCCUUACGCGUUUGAUGGUCAGUGUGCGGCGAACCUUUGCGCAAACCCAACGGGGAUCCACUCAAACAGUCGCGCACUGUACGGAAAAGGAGGGCCGCCGCCAUCCGCUGCACAGGACGACAGGAUGAAGGGCGGAGGAGAUCUUCCGGGAGGAGGUAGCAUGCCUCCUCCCGGUGGUAGUAGUUUGCUUCCUCCUGGUGCUGGUCGUACUAUGCUUCCACCGGGUGGUGGUAGAGGAAAGAUGUCUCGACCUGGCUCGAUGCCGGGGACAAGUUCAGCUUCAGUGCGACAGCAACUGCAGCCACAGAAAUUUCUGAGGAGCGGAAUGGUGCAUCAGCAAAUGGCGCCCCCGGCGUUCGGCCCUGUUGGUUCGCGGGUAGCGAUGAACUUGCCUCAGCAGUUGCCACAACAAGCAGGAGCACCAUCGUCCGGUAUGAUGAUACACCAACAGCUUUCGGCGCCACAAGAGGGACUUCUGGGGGCGGAUCUACAAAAGCAGCAACAAAGCAUAGGCGAAGAGGGAGAGGAGAAAGACGACGAUGUUGAUCUACCGCCGCGCCGGCCUGCUGAGAUCACUCAGGGAGAGGCACCCGGUGCGGCAGACAGAUCAGUUUCGAAAUCGAAGCGACCUCGUAGCCCGGACGGGACUUCUAGUUAAACUUAUAAAGCUUUUUUCCUUGUGGAAAUUUCAAAUGCUGCGACAUGUGCCUUUGGUGCGUGUGUAGAAACUACUUUAAACUUAGUAGUUCCGGAGUGGCUCCUGCAUAAUCCCAAAUGUGGUUUGUUUUGGGUGGAAGUUGACAGUGGCUAUCAGUCAGGGCAACACCGAUAUCUAAAGAAAUCUGCAUUUGAAGAUUUUGCAAUGACAAAAUUAUGAUGGUUUCGAUCUUGAUGGAGAAUUUGAAAUUUGAGGCCACACGUAGUUUCCAACACAUCCCGUUCCCGAACGUCAUUUCCGC